AUGUCUGGUUUCCAGUUAGCCACUGGUUCAGAGAUCUUUUCAAGAUCCACCACCUACACGGUGCAGUCCAUCCUCGGACAGGGCUCUUUCGGCACAGUCGCAAAGUGCACCAACAUGUGCGACAACACAACUGUUGCCAUCAAGACCAUGAAGUACAAGGACCGUUUGGACGACGCAGCAUGGAAAGAGGUGAGAAGCGCAAACUAGCCGUGCUUACUAAAAACUUAGGCAGAUUGUUUUCUAUCCACAGUAUUUGAUCACUGCUCUUUAACGUGUGUAAAUCCAAACUAAAACCUGUCUGUCAUCUGUCAUGUGUCCUCAGGUGAAUGCCCUCUUAAAACUGUCAGUGCUCGACUCGGACAAGUCCAACAUUGUCCAAUUUCACAAAGCCUUCACUGACAGAGGACAUUUUUGUAUAGUGUUAGAGCACUUGGACAAAAGCCUCGCUGAUUUUAUGGAGGAGAGGAACUCGGAACCUCUCCUUCUGAGCGAGAACAGACCGAUCAUCCAGCAGGUAUGAGCAAAUGAAUUUAUUUCUGAUUUUAAACAAGAACAAAUACUGAUGUUCACGUAACAUCCUGAGCUUUGUUGUUUAGUUAAUGACCUUUAUGACUUCUUAGGUCGCCAAUGCUCUGGAUCAUUUAAGGACCAUCGGUAUGAUCCACGCAGACCUUAAGCUGGACAACGUCAUGCUGGUGGAUCAUCAACAUCAGCCCUACAGAGUCAAAGUGGUUGACUUUGGUCUCGCAGAAGACGUGUCAGCAGCAACACUGGGCUCAUGCAUCGGGACCCGUCGAUACAAGUAAGGAACCAGAACCACGUCUGAUAUCUCAGCUGCUUAUUGGGGGCUUGCACAUCACCACAUACAUAUACACACACACACACACACACACACACACACAAACACACACAAACACAUACAUCCAUACACACACAUACCUACACCACACAUACACACAUAGGAAAAACCUAACAAAGGACAGAUCCAGAGAUAUUCAUUCAGAACGGGAAAUAUUUUAUUAUUGUUGUUUACUGUCUGACUGUGUGGUCGAUUGAUUGGUUGAUUUGAGAUGGUUAUUGUCAACUAUUGUGAAUAAAUCUGAGUUCAGUGAAUGGAGGAGACACAAGGAGUUCAUACAGCCUCAUUUCAGUACACCUUUACUUUUUUUUUACAGAAACAAUCUUCAUUGUUGCGUGGUGCUCGGUAAUGCCCGGGACCCGUAACAUAGUGAAACCGGAAACUCAGAGUUUCCUAACUCAGAGUAGAUCAACUCAGAGUUAAGGAUUUGACUCAGAGUUUGUUGAACCACCUACGUGAAACAGACCCCUGGAGGCUAACUAAUGCCACAUUACAAAACAACGCAAUUUCUAAAAUUUCUGCUUCAGCCAUAUUUAGGGGAGAAGUUGGAGCUGGAAAAGAGCAGGUGGUUAGCACAGUCAGUGAACAGUCAGUGUAUUCAAAACUUUUCUUAACUAAACAGCCAAACUUAUUCUAACUUAUCUUAACUAAAACUUAACUUACUUUAACUUAACUUAUCACAACUAAACAACUUAAUUUACUAUAACUGAUCUUAACUAAAACUUAACUUAUUCUAACUUAACUUAUCAAAACUAAACAUCUUAACUUGCUAUAACUAAACUUAUCAUAACUAAGAAACUUAUUCUACCUUAACUUAUAUAAUUUAACAAACAACUAAAGUUAUCUUAAUUAUCUUAAUAGCUUAAUUAAACUACGGCCCAGCGUGACCCCCAAAAGGACUCUUGUUUGGACGGUUGUUUCCCAUCCGUCCAGCAGUACUCUUGGGAGUCACCUUGGACCCCUUGCACCUUAGUUUUAGGAGCGCUUUUAGAUUCCUCUUCCACUUGGUGUCAGGAGCAGCAGAGAUGAGCCGGGUGGAUGGAGGGAUGGUGGAUGGAGGGGGUGUAGGGGUCCUCAGUGGGGCCGUCCACCACUCCUUCCUCCUGGAUAGCUCCUCCGGGUCCUCGGGUUUCAGACCUGGCCACUGGUCCUCCUCUGUCAACAGCGCCUAUGUUAAAAGGUAGGAAAUACUGUCUUUUAAUCCGACAGAUAUGUGAAUGAUAUUGUGACUACAAUGAUUCUGUGAAGUUUUUAAUUUUGAGACAAUUGGGUUUUAAGUAUGUCAUUGCUUUUAUUUUACAAAUAAACUUUUUCCUGAUUUCUUGAAUUGUCACUCAUGUUUUUGUCUUCUAGGUAGGGCUUUGUAUUAACUCAUUCAGCCUUGGGUAACAUGACUUUUUUAUAGUACCUUUAAUAUGUUCAGCCCUUUUAUAAAUCAAAUCAAAGAACCUGUUUUUGUUUUAUUACUAAAUGUCUUUUUUUUACGUCAUGUGAAGAGCAUCAGUACAGGCUAUUCAUGUCUGGAAUUGCUCUCACUGUAGUUCAUAUUCACUGACUCCACAUGGUGGUGCUAGCUCCCUUGAUAAAACAGGCUAGGAAACAGACGCACUGCUGCCCACCUGAUGGACAGGAAAAGCAUUACCUCAUCCCCUCUUUCAUUCCUUCAGGUAAAAAUAGACAGAUUAAGACUGGGCUUUGAUGAGAAAACCUACAGAGGAGGUGUGGAAGCAGAGAGAGAGGAAAAGAGGAGGAAAGGGGCUAUGGAUCGUUCUGCUCCAAAUCCAAUUCCUAAUAGCUAGAGGGAGGGUGGGUGGGAGGAGGGAGUAGAAAACAGUCAAAGAAAGAGAAGAGGGGGAGUGAAGAUAUCAUGUCUAACAAUUAAGUCCUGCCUUCAGGGCCUGAGGAAGAAGCUUUGUUGAGAACAUAUAAAUUGCUCAUUGAGCACUGGCUUUCUGCACUCUCACAUACUACUGGCUCUGAGGAUUCUGCCUUUAAGAUAGCGGCUGCAGCAUAGGACGACUAGAUUCUAGUCACAGUAUUUAGGGAUCUAUUUCCACCAGUCUUCCUGGCCAAAAUCCCCUCUUCUUUAAACACAAACCUUAGUCUACUCCCAAGAGCGGUUGAGAAAGCAGAUCAUGGGUCGUUACUGUACUUCUCAGGAUUACAGAUCCAUAAAGUUGUCCUAUAGUUCUUUGUACAAGCCAGUUAUAUAAACCUCUGCUCAGCUGUCACCUGAAGUUUAAUCUGCUUGCUUCUGUCUAAGCCAGCCUGUGAAGGUCUUAGUUUUAGUCUUUUGUGUGUUGAAUGCAAGAUGAAGAAAGAGUGAGGUACCAAAAAAGGUCAACCAAAUGGGACCCACAAUAUAAAAACCUACUCUGCAAUCUCUACCAGCCAAGUGUUUUUAUACUUCAAGGCCCAGAGGUCUAGAUGGAUCAUUGGAUUGCUUAUGUGAGAUAGAAGUUAGCAUUAAAUUUCAAAAUUUCAAAAAUACGAUGAUGGAGGGAUUGUUAUGAUACGAUCAAUACACUUGAUGGUCCCCUUAGAGGAAACUUUUCUUGGACUCCAAGAGCAGCACAGAUAAAGCUGCCAACUGAUGACAUUAAGUACUAGACCUAACAGAGACCUGUGCUGUGUCUGAAUUGCCCGCUCACAUACUACAUAAUACUGCUACAUACUACUGCUAUAUCCUACUCCUACAUACUAAACACAUUGGCCCAAUUCGGACACACUAGACGAGCGGUGGGGAAAGACGACCCCUGCAGGCAGAGAGUAGGUACUGCGCCCAUCCAGACAGUGAUAACGGAAGCCCCCCCCAUCUGCUGGCCUGGCUGUAGUACUGCAGCGAGUACUGUACAAUGAUUGGUGCGCACCCGUGACUUAUUGCGAAUCAUCACCAGAAGGCACCUGCACCUGUUUGUCCAGACACCGCAAAAGCAACUCUGUUCUACCAUGACAUUCUUUGAUUUUUCAGCAUGGCCCAAGCGGGCCAUACACUCUGCUCAACAGCACCGUGCCCAUCAUUGACCUGCGCCCCAACCUUCGCCUCUCUUGUCGCUCGCUUGCUGCCCUUACUGCUGCCAUCGACCUCAGCGUGACCUGAGGCUGGCCAAAGGACAUAGAGGUGCUGCUGUUUGUUUUUUGGCUGGCCCAUGCAGCGUCCUACAGGGUGGUGGCUGCAGCCUGCGACAUCCCCAAGUCCACUGUGCACGAUAUUGCGCACAGGGUGACCAAGGCUGUCAUGGGCAUCCUGGGCCGCACCAUCCGCCUCCCCAACCCUGACCAGCUGGAGGACAUCGCUGCUGGCUUCAGCCGCCUCGGGGGAAGUCCAGCUCUGCGGACCGUGGUCGGGGCAAUUGAUGGCUGCCACGUCCGCAUCAAACCACCUGCAGCACAUCAGCUGGACUUCCUCAACCGUAAGCUGUUUCACUCAAUCCAGCUCCAGGCCAUCUGUGACCACCAGGGGAGGUUUCUUGAUUUGUUUGUGGGCUUCCCUGGCUCCGUUCACGAUGCCCGUGUACUGCGGAACAGCCCGGUCUACUACAGGCAGCUGUACCCACCGGAGGGCUGGUGCAUCCUGGGGGAUGGAGGCUACCCCUGUUUGGGUGCCCCCAUCUGCCUCCUGACGCCUUACCGGGAACCUGUGGCCAACCCCGUGCAGGCCCGGUUCAACACCAUUCACGGAAAGGCAUGGAAUAUUAUCGAGCGGGCCUUCGGAAUGAUGAAGGCUCGUUGGCGGUCCAUCUUCCUCAGGGCCCUUGAGGUGAAGCCAGCCUUUGCAUCAGAGGUGGUCACCUGUUGUGCCAUCCUCCACAACAUCUGCAUGGACAACGGUGACCUCUUUGAGGCCGAGCCUCCCCCUGAGGAAGAUGGACUGCCUCCCUGUUCUGAUGCAGCAUCAGGGGAAAACCUGCGGGACCGACUGGCUGCAGCAGUGUCUGCCCCAGAGGUUGCGGCUGCUGUCCUCCAGGACCACGAUUAUUGUUGA